AUGGCAGAUUAUUAUACAUAUCAAAGGAAACGAAGAGAUCUGGGGAAGCCUUGCAAUUUUUAGGAGAGUGAAAUAAAAAUAGCAGGUUACACAAAGACAGUCGCUGUCAUUCCAAACUAUGUGAAAAGAAAUCCCAAUCACAUUGACUUGGAUAAUAUAGCAGAAUACUCAGAGCAUUCUGUUAACACAGAGAGAGUGUCGACAGGAGACAAAGUGAUGUACCAUAAAGAAGGAGGGUGGCCUGCAGGCAUAGACCCAAUGGAGCAGCAAGACCAAAAUAAAUACAGAAGAAGGUUCGAGAAAGAUGCAGCAUUUGCAGUUGCAGUUAAAGAGCUUAGCAAUACAGUGGAGAAAUGCAUUCUUUAGAAUAACCAGAUAGAUUUGUUCGAGGAGUAUUUCUUAGACGAAGAAAGUGAACAUCAAGUUGAGAAUCUAAGCACCAAGACUUUGAUGUUAUUCAAGGAUUAACAAACAGAUGGAAUUAAAAGAUCUGUGUCUGAAAUAUCUUGGCAUCCAGAAGGCCCCAUAAAGGCAGCUGUUUCCUAUGCAAUAAGCAGAUUCUAACAAAUGCCAGAAGGAAUGAUGAAAUCAUCAUAUGUUUGGGAUUUACAAAAUCCAAAUAGUCCUGAAUUCCACUUAGAAACCAAUUCCCCAAUUACCAAUUUGAUGUACAAUCCAAAAUUGUCUGAUCAAAUUGGUGGUGGAUGCUAUAACGGUCUAGUCGCUGUUUGGGAUGUAAAGAGAGGUAAAUAACCGGUAAUGACAUCACCUGUUGAAAAAUCUCAUCAUGACCCAAUCACUCAUUUUCAAUGGUUGUUUAGCAAGACUGGUACAGAAUGUGUGACAACAUCAACUGAUGGUCGUGUCUUGUGGUGGGAUACUAGAAAAUUGAAUGAAGGUCCUAUUGAAUCAUUAAAUGUGACCGAGGGAUCUAAUCCAAAUGAUCCUUUGAUUGGUGCAACAGUAUUGGAAUAUAACACAGAAGCCGGUCCAACAAAAUAUUUAAUUGGUACAGAGAUGGGUUCUCUAAUGGUUGCUAACAAAAAACCAAAGAAAGCUGUGGAAAUUACAGCUAGAUAUGGAUUGGAGAGUGGAAGACAUUUGGGUCCAGUCAUGUCGAUUAAUAGAAGUCCUCCAAAUCCAAAAUUCUUCUUAACAGUUGGAGAUUGGAGUGCUAAGAUUUGGGUUGAGGAUAUCAAGACACCAAUAAUGAGAACUAAAUAUCAUGGUAGUUAUUUAACAGAUGGUUGUUGGUCCCCCACUAGAAAUGGAGUGUUCUUUUUAACUAGAAAAGAUGGUUGGAUGGAUGUUUGGGAUUAUUACUAUAGAUAGAAUGAAAUUGCAUUCAGUCACAAGGUAAGUGAGACAGCCCUUACCUGUAUAAAGAUAAAUUCUAAUGGUGGUGCUCAUCAUAAUGCUGGAAAAUUGGUAGCUAUUGGUGAUUAGGAUGGUACAGUUACUUUAUUAGAAUUAUGUGAUUCAUUGUAUUAAUUACAAUUUAGAGAGAAGGAUGUGAUGAAUGAAAUGUUCGAUAGAGAAUCGAGAAAAGAAAAGAACUUGGAAGCCAUCAAAAAAUAACAAGAUUUGAUGAAGAAAGUUGUUCCUAAAGAUAAUAAGGCAGCCUAAUAAAAAUGGGAACAAAGAAAGGCCGAAUUAAUUGCUGAGGCUGAGUAAUAAUUUAGUCAAAUUGUUAAAAAGGAUGAAGAAGCUAAAUUAAAUGAUUUGUCAGAGUUCAGUCCCAAAACUCAAAAGAAAGAAGAGAAGAAAUAAUCACCCAAAGAUGAUGAUAAGUAGUAACAAUAAGGAGAUGGAGGAUAACAACAAGAUCAAUAGGAUUAAGGAAAAGGUGAAGGUGAAGGCGAAGGAGAAGGAGAUCAAGAUGGUGGAUAAUAAGAUGGAGACGAUGGUCAAUAAUAGGGAGACGAUGGUUAAUAACAAGGAGAUGAUGGUUAGCAAUAAGGUGAUGAUGGCUAACAAUAAGGCGAUGAUGGAGAUGGUUAAAAACAAGGAGAUGGAGGAGAUGGUUAAUAGGAAGGAGAUCAAGAAUGA